AUGGAGGUUUGCUGUUCAUUCAAGUCAUUAGUAGGAGGAAUCUGUGGUUCUGACAGUCGAGAUAGAAAACACGAAGUGCAAGUUGUUCCUCUGACAUCAUGUACAAAAGAUAUUGCAAACCAUCUAGCAUCCUUUUCGUUUUUUGGUCCACAAAACGAGAUAGACCUGAUAUUGUGUCGAGCGGCAAUUUUUAAAAUGCCAAACUCUUUUGACAACAUGACAAUAUGUCCACAGCAUCGUGCAAAACUUGGAUUGGGAUGGACAAGGGGAUCAACUAGAUGUAGAAUACCAGCUGCGUUAUCUAACCACGGGAAAGGAAGUAGAAAAAUAUGGCCAAAGAAAGACAGGGGACUUGGGAAACAAGAUUCUGAAACAGUACUACAAAAGACUGGUGUGUUUAUUCAAGCUGGUUCCG